UUGGUGUGAAAAGACUAUUGUUUGAUCUACGGACAUUUUGACUCUUUGAACAACAUGUUUUUCGUUUUCUUAGAUGUUUCUCUGUUUGUGCGAGUAUAUAAGACGCAGAACUUCUUUAUAACGAGCACGGGCAAGUUUUAUUAGACAGUUGCGAUCAUGCAGAUGGAAGAUGUUGAAGUGGCUGCUCCACCUCGUCGUGUUCUUCUUGUAUCGGCUGGUGCCAGCCACAGUGUAGCACUUCUGAGUGGAAAUGUUAUCUGCACGUGGGGACGAGGAGAGGAUGGACAGUUAGGCCAUGGUGACACCGAUGAUCGAUUGUUACCAACAAAACUGAGUGCAUUGGAUGGCCAAGACAUAAUAAGUGUUACUUGUGGAGCUGAUCAUACUAUGGCACGUUCUGAGUUUGGCAGAACUGUAUAUAGUUGGGGAUGGGGUGACUUUGGCAGGUUGGGUCAUGGGGAUCAUAAUGACAUGCUCAUUCCUCAUCCAAUCAGAGCAUUACAAGGUCUAAUGAUACAGCAAAUUGCUUGUGGGGACAGUCAUUGUUUGUCAGUUACCACGAACAAGUUGGUGCUGAGUUGGGGGCAUAAUCAAAAUGGUGAACUUGGACUUGGUACUACAGAGGACUCUCUUCUGCCACAAAAAGUUCAAAAAUUUGAGGGAAUACCUGUGAAAAUGGUUGCUGCUGGUGCUGAACACAGUGUAGCAAUCACUGAAGAUGGGAAUUUGUAUGGAUGGGGUUGGGGCCGUUAUGGAAACUUGGGCUUGGGUGACAGAAAUGAUCGUUUGCUCCCAGAGAAAGUAACCGUUGAUGGCUACAAAAUAGCUCUGGUUGCUUGUGGCUGGAGGCAUACAAUAUGUGUUUCAACUUCUGGUGGAUUAUACACAUAUGGAUGGGGAAAAUAUGGUCAGCUAGGACAUGGGGAUUUUGGGGAUCAUCUUGUACCUCACAAGGUUGAAACCUUGAGUGACAAGUUCAUUUCGCAGGUAUCAGGUGGGUGGAGGCAUAGCAUGGCACUCACAUCUAGUGGACAACUUUUUGGCUGGGGAUGGAAUAAGUUCGGACAGAUUGGAGUUGGUAACAAUUUAGAUUGUUGUUCUCCUGUGCAAGUGAAGUUUCCCUAUGAUCAGAAAGUGCAUCAGGUGUCAUGCGGGUGGAGACACACCAUUGCUGUUACUGAACGUGAAAAUGUAUAUUCAUGGGGAAGAGGAGCAAAUGGACAACUUGGGAAUGGAGAAACCAGAGACCGGAAUGUUCCAACCAUUAUUGAGGCCUUCAGUGUUGAUGGUUCUUCUGGGAAGUACAUAGAAACCUCAAAAUCUUGUGCAUCAUCAGGGAAAUCAUCGUCCUCCAUAUCAGUCAGAUAUGCAAUUGUUCCAGAUGAAACUGCCUCUGGAGAUGAUGGACAUGAAACCAGUGUCCCUGAAAAUGAUGCCAUGAUUUGAUAACAGCACAUCAUAGUUAAUGAGUUAAAGAAAAUGACGUUCCAGUUAGAAAGAGCAACAUGCAUAAGGAGCUAUGGAUAAGGACCGAUAUGUUGUGCAUGGGAGAUUGUUAAGUAGGAGUUAGGGUAUGAAUGUUUGUUUUGUAAAGGCUUCAAUAUGAUACUUGAAGUUGUUAAAAGUAAGUUUUAGUUAUUUUCCAAGCAAGUGUUAUCGAAGAAUAUAAAAUAAUAGGUAUAAUUAGUGAGAAAUUUUGUUCAUAA